AUGGAACAAUGUCAAGAUCAGAGUUUUAGUCUGGACUCCCCUUUCAAACAAAGUUAUGUGGGGAGUUUUCACCUGCCUCCGGAAAAGCUCUCCCAUCGUUUUGAGGUGAAAGAGCCGUCUCUCCAGUUGGCCAAAACGCAGAAGUACCCACAGAACAUCAACUUACCUGUGCGCCGAACAACACACGAUGCUGAAAGCAGAGCGGUGAUAGCGGCGCUGAAGACCUUGCAGGAGAAGAUGCGUCGGCUGGAGCUGGAGAGGGUGCAGGCAGAGAAGAACGUACGGAGGUUCUCUCAGGAGGCCCAGCGGUGUGUGAGCUCGUCCGACCAAGGGCAGCGGAGCACUGGGGAGAGUGACAGUUCACGGAAGAUAGAGCUUGUAACUCAGCUCCAGUCUGCAGAGCAGCGGUGUGUGCUCCUGGAGAAACAGCUGGAUUACAUGAAGAAGAUGGUGGAGAAGACAGGGAGAGAGAGACUGGCUCAGGCAGACAGACAGGAGGGUGUGGAGAGAGCCAAGCCCCGGGCAGGCCCAGACAUACAAACUCAGCUUCAGAAACUGGAGAGACUGGAGAGAGAGUGUCUCAAACUCACCAGCACACAGUCAGAGGCUGAGAGAAAAAUUGAGCUUCUGGAACAGAAACUUCUAGAAGAGGAGCAUGAACGCAGACUGGUACAAGAGAAAGCAGACGAGUUAGAGAGAGAGCUGGAGUUCAGCCUACGCUCAUUGUCUGCUGCCACUGCUGAGAAAAAAACCAAAAAGAAGAAUAACAAGGACAAGAUGACUGGCAAAAAGUCAUCUACAGUGAGGUCUGGGGUAUCAACUCCAAGGCAGUUUCCAAAGGCUAAACACUUCCCUUUUGUAGCUGGAACUUCAACGAGUCCCAGUCACUCUGUGAACGCUAACGUACAGAGCGUGCUCCACCUGAUGAAACAUGGGCAGCCCCAGCUGUGUGAGAGAAUGCGCUCGCUGUCCAGGUCUGGGUCGGAGAACCGGCCGGGGGCCCGUGAGGUCCCUGUGUCGCCCAGAAUAAAAGCCUCUACCUUGGGUAGCCUCUCAGAGCUACUGCUGGCCCUGCAGGAUGAGCUGGGUCAGAUGAGCUUUGAACACCAGGAGCUGGUCAGACAGAUUGAUGAGACGGAGCAGAGAGAACUCAGAGAGGAUUUAGAGAGAGAGCUCGACUGCCUAGUUAAGAAGAUGGAGGUGAAAGCAGCUCAGAUCUCCCAGCUGCGCAAACAUCAGCAAGUUGUCCACAAGCUGUCCAGGCCCUCACACAGCCCCAGGAAGAAGAAGCAUUCAGCCAGCGCAGAGGGCAGGGCCAGGGGGCUGGGUGGAGUGCAAGAUUUAACCCCCUCCCCGGUGAAAAGCAGCCCUAGGGGGCAGUCUCACCCUAAAACCCGUCAGGGACAUUUACAACUGCUCAGAGAGAGUCAGAGACUACGCUGCAGCCUGAGACGAGAUGACAUCACCUGGGAGUCAUGA